UCUUUAAUUAAUUAACUGCAAGACGCCAAUGAUUCAUAAGCUGUGGCGAGGUUCGUCGCUACUGCGUUUUAGAAAUGCACGUGGCCGCUUGUGGAGAUCAAGUAGCACGUCAAUUGAAGUGGAAGUUGGCGGAAGAAAUAUUACUUUUACGACGGGAAGACUAGCAAAACUUGCAGAUGGAGCGGUAGAUGUGCAAAUUGGACACACUUCCGUUUUGGUGACAGCAGUCAGCUCUAUGGACAGGAUGAGUAGUCACGAUUCUAUUGCUCUUAGGGUAGACUACCGAGAAAAGGCAGCUGCAGUCGGUCGAAUACCAGGAACCUUUUUUCGACGUGAAAUGAGAGCUGGCAGUAGGGAAGUUGUGACAGGCAGAGCUAUUGAUCGAUCUGUUCGACUACAAUUUCCUGUGGGAUAUUUGUAUGAUACUCAGAUUAUUGGCAGUCCAUUGUCUGUAGAUGAUGUCAAUGAUCCAGAUGUAUUAAGCAUUAAUGGUGCAUCUGCUGCAUUGACGAUUUCUGAUAUUCCUUGGAAUGGCCCUGUUGGUGCAGUACGACUUGCACAGAAUGACAGUGGUGUAAUCAUCAACCCAACAAACAAGGAGCUGCUGGAAAGCAAUCUUGACUUACUUGUAGUCAGUACAAGUGACAGGAUUGUAAUGCUUGAAGCAAUUGCUUCUGAAGUAGAUCAAGAGGCAUUUUAUGAGGCAAUAGAACUUGGAUAUCAAGAAGGGCAGAAAAUAGUGAAGGCCAUAAAUGAGCUUCGUCAGUUAGUUGGUAAACCAAAAAGAACUUACCAAGUAGCUGAAAUUAAAAUGAAAAUGCAACAAGAAGCCAUUCGUCGAUACAGCGAGCAGGUGCUAGAUAUUCUCACUGAUACUUCAAAGAGGAAGAUUGAAAGCCAGCGGUCUGUCCAGCCCCUAAGAGAACGGGCAGUUCAUCAACUUCAAGAGUUGUUUCCAACUGCAACUCCUGAGUGGGCAGAGAGUGCCUUUUUUCAUGUCACUCGAUACUGUCUUCAUGAAGUUGUAUUGAACCGAAAGACAAGGUUUGAUGGACGUGGCUUCUCUGACCUGAGGCCAAUGGGCUGUGAAGUGAACUUGAAGCAACCGUUACAUGGCUCUUGUAUGUUUCAGAGAGGAGAAACACAAGUACUUACUACUGUAGCUCUUGGCUCUGCAAGAUCAGCUCUGAAAACCGAACUUAUGGAGGCAGCCAUGGGAGGUGCAAAAGAAGAAGCUUUUAUUUUACAUUACGAGUUUCCACCGUUUUGCAACAAUACAAUUGGACCUGUUAUGCAACACAACAGAAGAGAAAUCGGCCAUGGUAAUUUGGCCGAGAGAGCACUCUUACACGUUGUGCCUGACGAGUUUCCUUUUACAAUACGAUUGUCAGCUCAAGUUCUAGAGUCUAAUGGGUCUAGUUCUAUGGCCACAGUGUGUGCAGGCAGUUUGGCUCUUAUGGAUGCUGCUGUCCCUGUAUCUAAUGCUGUUGCUGGUGUUGCUUGUGGUUUGGUCUGUAAAGAGUCAGAUAAUGGUGAUAUUGAGGAGUUCAAGUUAUUGACUGACAUCACAGGUAUAGAAGAUGGUCUAGGAGACAUGGAUUUUAAGGUGGCUGGCACAAGACAUGGAAUUACAGCCUGCCAGCUAGAUAUAAAGCGAAUCAAAGGAGUGACUUUACCGAUUAUCAAAGAAUCUCUCAUAGCUGCCACAGCUGCUCAUCAAGAAAUUUUAGAUGUUAUGGACAAGACGCUGAGUGAACCAAGACCUGAGGGGAGGGACAAUAGGCCAAUCUAUGAGAUUAUUAACAUUCCUUUAGCCAAGAGAGGUAGGUUUAUUGGCGUUGGUGGUCACAAUCUCCGGAAAUUGCACAAAGAUCUUGGAAUAGAAAUAGAUAGUAUUGAUGAAACCAGGUUUAGUUUGUUUGCUAGAACACAAGAUGUGAUGGAUGAAGCAAAGCAGUGGAUCAAUAAUGUGCUAAAGGACUUUGAUUUUCCUGAGCUUAAACCUGGAGUUGUAAAAUCGGUGAAGAUUGUAGAACUAAGAGACUAUGGCGUUAUGGUGGAGUUGUUUCCUGGUAUGCAACCUGUUUUACUUCAUGUUACACAGAUGGACCACUAUCGAAUUUAUCAUCCUUCUGAGCUUGGAUUUCAAGUUGGUCAAAUUAUUGAUGUGAAAUACAUGGGGCGCGACCCAAUCACAGGAAAACUAAGGAUAUCCAGAAAAGCAGCUCUUCCAUUACCAAAACAAAAUGGAAUACCCAUGACAAGACCACUAUCUUUCAAAACAUAAAUAAGAUAUUAUUGUCACAUCACCUACCUUUUAUCCUUUUGAUUUCUGGAUGCUAUCACCCAGAAGUCAAAAGGGGAGAAACUAGUUUCACAAAACUAUUAAAUAAAACAUGUAUGUGUAGAUUGUUUCCAGUUUAACACAAUUUAACCACCAAGAGAUUUUGUUUAG